CAUGCAAAGUUAUGGAGUUCCUCAGGGUUUCGCUGCACCCACCAUGCCAUAUCAACAUCAAAUGCUGGCAAAAUUUUCCUUUGGCUUCUCUAGCUAUUCCUGGUGCAGCCUCGAGUGACCCAACUUUGGCAAAUGCCUCCCUGAAGCAAGUCUCCAAGCCCGAUGUCAAGCACACGAGGGCCGCGAGUAAACCGAUUCCCACGGAAAUGAAGGACGCGAAAUACAACGAGAGACGAAAGCUCAACAAUCUCGCAGCCAAGUGGUCACGUGACCUGUGCAAACAGCGAAUGGAGGAGCAGGUUAUAUGCACACGCAAUCUUCAAGAGGAGCAGAUUUCUCUGGAUGAGGAAGAAAGAGUCCAGACACAAAGAGUACGAGACCUGUGCAUCCUUCUCUAUGAAGAUCCAGAGGACAUAUUCCGUAAGGCUCCAGGUGGGCCGAAAACGCAGUUAAGCAGCAAUCUGCUCACAAGAAAUGAGUCCGACACGCUUGACAUGAAAAGAUUGUCGAAAUACGUAUGUCGCCUGAAAUCCUUUAAUAGAUGUGUGAGCCAGUAAGUGGCUUUGAUCGUUAUCUUAUUAUAUCAGCAGUAGUGGCAAACUGA